AUUGCAUAAAGCUUAUUUACGGUUGCUGCGAGACUGGGAGUAAAUCGCUGAUUCAGGUGUGCAACUUUCCGGCGAGCGGGGUUUUUCCGAAAACGUUGGUGUCCAAAGAGAUCCGAAAGUACAGCCAAGAUGGUCGUGGGAGCCUUUCCGGCCGCCAAGCUUGGCGUGCUCGCCAUGAAGCAGAUCUCGAAACCCAUCGCCAACCUGCUGAAGGAGCGGGCAAAGAACAGCCCGUUCUUCCGAAAGUACGUUUGCAUGCCGCCGGCACAGUUCUACAACUGGAUGGAGGUGAAGACGAAGAUGUGGGCCCUUAACCUCGGCAAACCGACCACGGUGCCGGUACUGAACGAGGCUAUGGCGAUCGACCUGGGAGCGAAUCUGCUUGGCGAAAUCAUCAUCUUUACCAUCGGUGCCGGCUUGCUGUUGUUGGAGUAUCAAAGACAGGUGCGCAAGGAAUCGAACAAGGAGGAGAUGGUGUUGCAGGAAAAGCUCGAACUGCAAGCCACCAUCAAUGAGCUAAUCUUUCAGGUCCAACGACAGGAUACACAAAUCCGUGAGAUGGCGCGGGUUGUGGCGGACCUAGAGUCAAAAUCUUCCUGGAAACCUAAGAUACUCGACGAGCUUCCGUUUACUAGGAAAAGCAAAAGCGAGCAACCUCUGUACAUCCCCGCAAUACCCGAUGUGAACGGCGAGGGGGCCACCGAGUCCGGCAACAGUGGUAAUGGCAGUAUUCUUUCCAAAGCGCUGGAAAUAAUCGAUAAUGAAGUUUUUUAUAGCGACAGCUCAGCCAACGAAGAGCACACGGAGCAACACCCCAGGCCAGGCCUAGUGACGCGUAGCGUAUCCUACUUUCUUAAGCUAAAUAGCUCACCAAACUCUUCACUGCCGACGAGCCGAUGAACGCAGGAGUAGUAGAUCCAUUUCAAAUCCGUAGCAAUACCUCUGUGGCUCUCACACAGUUGCUGCAGGCGUGAUUUUCGAUACGUUGAACACUUUGUACGUUGAUUUUCGGAUGUUCUCUUGCUGCUGGCUCAAGCAUAGUCACAUUUUAUCACGGGACUUACGAUGGUGGUUCGUAACAUCGAACCUCAACAGGAGCUGGUUGAUCGUCUCUUCAGUUUUUUUUUACUAUUGUGCAGACACAAUAUCACAGGAGUUUGCGCUCUCGCUGAUGAAUCGGCUAAUCGGACAAAUACUUAAUUCAGUUGGCAUUUAAUACUCGAUUCAAGCAGCCCGAUGAAUCUUUCCCAAUAGGUCUCCUAAGGCCAUCUUUUUGUUACGCUCAAACUAGACCUCUUUUCAUCUUGCGCACAUAAAUAUAAGCUAAAAAUGUUCAACGUGCAUCAUGGAGCUAACUAAUCGUUUGCCAACAAGUCCCAGUUCUUUCGUUGUGAAAAGCGGGGGAUGUAUGUGGUUUUAUGUGUAAGCGUUGUCGCAUCACUUGUAUAUAGAUUUCAGUUGUUGCAAGUUAGAGUCAGAGCUGAAAGGUUAUAUAAAUAAAAGACAAAAUGUACG